AUGUGGGGUUUCUUUUCGAAAAACUUUUAAUAAAAUCGUUUAGUUUAUGUAAUCGAUUAAAAUGUCGCAACAACUAGAACUAUUAACCGAGGUUCCAUCACAAUGGUCAAGUAUAUCAAAUAUAACACCAGACAUACAGAGGAAGGAAAUAAAACCAUUUGUUGUUUUGGCCCUAAAAGAACUUGAAGGUAAUCCAGACAGCAGAACAUCGAGCCUAAUGAGUGUGGAUAAGUUUGCGGCGGUGCGGGAGGUGGUGAGACACGUGGUCCGGGCCCGUUCUGCCACUAGAGAGCCCUGGGAACUGGGGGAUAUGAAAAUGUUCUUAGAAAAUUUAAGAUUCUCACCAGACUGUGUGGCGGAGCUCUCAACGCUGCUGUGUGCAGAGCAGCUUUACACCAACAUACCCGCUCACUUGCGAGUGAAGCCGGGACUGGCCGGCCUGCAGUGGAAGAUUGACAUGUCUCUAAGCCAAGCCAACAUGGAAGACGCAGACCAAAAGCAAAUACUCCGUCGGGACACCUUCAUCAUACUCAUCCUCAAACUGACAGACGGACAGACAAGAACGUACAGGCUAUCCAUAGCCAAGUUCCAUGAGUUACGGUUCGUGGUCGCGAGCGCGCUGAAAAGCGUGAUUGUGUUAGAGAAACGGAAAUGUAUGAGGAAAGACUGACAUACGUAUUCUUGGGGGUAACCCCAUAGCGUGAACUGUGGCGUUUUCAAAUAAAAGGUACUAGGGAUGACGACUACAUAAAAAAAUGGCAUUCUGCUUAGUCCGUCAGUUAGAUCGUCCAAAAAUACUGAACACAUAUUUUUCGCUUUUUCUAAUUAAUGAAAAAAUACAAAGAUACAGGGCA